AUGGCAAGUGGAGUUACAGUUGCUGAUUCGGCUAGAAAGCUGUAUGAAGCGUUAAAAGCAAGCAAGGAAUAUCGGUACGUUUUCUUCGGAAUGUCUGAAGAUAAAAAAUCCAUUGUUGGAAAUAAGGAUACUGUGGGUCCUCGUAAUGCAACAUACGAUGAUUUUCUUGCCAAUUUCGAUGAGAGCAAACCAUGCUAUGCUCUAUAUGAUUUUCAUUAUGAGAAACCCGGGGAAGGUCAACGUGAUAAAGUUAUCUUCUACUCGUGGAUCCCCGAUACUGCCAGCAUCAGGGAUAAAAUGAUUUACUCUUCUAGUAAAGUGGCUCUGAAGAAAUCAUUUGAUGUAGCCUUUGAAAUACAAGGAACUGAUCCAUCUGAAAUUUCUUAUGAAACUGUUCUUGAAAAAGCUCUACGUUCCAAUUAA